AUGCAGCUCAAGCUUGUCCCUGGGAACUCAGCUGGCACUGUCACUGCUUGCUAUUUGUCCUCACAAGGAUCAAAUCAUGAUGAGAUAGAUUUUGAGUUCUUGGGGAACUUGAGUGGCGAUCCUUAUAUUCUUCACACCAAUGUGUUCGGCCAAGGCAAGGGCAACAGAGAGCAACAAUUCUAUCUUUGGUUCGACCCAACAGCAGAUUUUCACACCUAUUCCAUCCUGUGGAACCCCAAAGGGUCAUGCAAAUUUUCAGUGGAUGGAACACCCAUUAGGGAGUUCAAAAACUCAGAAUCGAUUGGGGUUCCAUACCCAAAGAACCAGCCAAUGAGGAUAUAUUCGAGUCUCUGGAACGCGGAUGACUGGGCAACAAGGGGGGGACUGGUGAAGACAGACUGGAGCCAAGCUCCCUUCACUGCCUCAUAUAGAAAUUUCAGUGCUGAUGCCUGUGUAUGGUCUUCAGGUUCAUCUUCAUGCAGUUCAAGUUCAACACCAGCAACAGGCAAUUCUACUGCUUGGCUGACUGAAGAAUUGGAUUCAACAGACCAAGCGAAGCUCAAUGGAGUGCAAAAGAAUUACAUGAUAUACAAUUACUGUAGUGACACAAUGCACUUCCCACAAGGCUUACCCCAAGAAUGCUCCAUUUGA